AUGCAUAACAGAAACAAAACGAGCAAGUCAUAGAUGCAACCCUUAAUUCAAUUGACUAUCGAUAUAGGGAACAAUAAAUGCGAUAGGAUUGCCCUGUACAGGGAUACUAACCCAUAUUUAGAAGCUAAAUAAUUUGUCGAAAGAAAUCAUCUUGCCCAAUAUAUGGUUUAAGUAAUAUCGAAUUGCAUUAUCAAACAAAUGAAAGCCUACGAUGAAAUUCUGAUGAUAACGUAUGUAAUUUAAUCAAUAAUUAAAGGACACUCAAACAGAAACUUCCUAUUUGCGCAAUUUGAAAUCAAAUCAUGAUGAAAUAUAAGCGAAACAAAAAACCCCAAGUCCAAAACGAUUUUAUCAGAGUCCCAAAUAAAUAACUAAACAAAAUCUGUCACGAAGUCCAUCCAAUAUUUCAUUACAUGAUGAAUUACCCACAGAUAAAGUUGUCGUGAAGAAACUAUUCUAAAUUUUAGAUUCGGAUUAGGAUGGAUUAAUCUCGGCCAAUAAAGUGAAUUAUAAUAAAUUACCAAUCUAGUUAAAGAACAGAGUACGUAAUCAAUAUAAACCUAGAUUACUGUUCAUUUGGAACAAUCCUUGAUCCCAUUUGAGUUUGAAGAGUUAUAUGAAAAAUUGAAGAAUGAUCCAUAGGAGGAAUACUUUAUCACUUUAAAAUUGAUAAGUUAAAUCUUAGACAUUCCAAAGAUUAAAGUACUCGUAUGA